GCGAGAGGGACAGAGGCAAGAUGGCCGUGCCCUGGUUUUCGGUGUGAGACGGUGGAUGCGACUGCGGGGGCUGACGGGCACAGCGGCGGCAGCGGGACAGCGUCGGCGACGCCCGCAGCCCGGCGUCGCGAGCGCCGGAGGCCCAGCUCCUCGGGAGAGCGCGAAACACUCCUUUACAUCUUGCUGUGAUGUUAGGAAAUAAAGAAUGUGCCCACUUACUUCUGGCUCACAACGCUCCAGUAAAGGUGAAAAACGCUCAGGGAUGGAGCCCUCUGGCGGAAGCCAUCAGCUACGGAGACAGACAGAUGAUUACAGCUCUUUUAAGGAAGCUUAAGCAGCAAUCCAGGGAAAGUGUUGAAGAAAAACGACCUCGAUUAUUAAAAGCCCUGAAAGAGCUGGGUGACUUUUAUCUAGAACUCCACUGGGAUUUUCAAAGCUGGGUGCCUUUACUUUCCCGAAUUCUGCCUUCUGAUGCAUGUAAAAUAUACAAACAAGGUAUCAAUAUCAGGCUCAACACGACUCUCAUAGACUUUACUGACAUGAAGUGCCAACGAGGGGAUUUAAGCUUCAUUUUCAAUGGUGAUGCGGCACCCUCUGAAUCUUUCGUAGUAUUAGACAACGAGCAGAAAGUGUAUCAGCGAAUACACCAUGAGGAAUCAGAGAUGGAAACAGAAGAAGAGGUUGACAUUUUAAUGAGCAGCGAUAUUUACUCUGCAACUUUAUCAACUAAAUCAAUUUCGUUCACGCGUGCCCAAACUGGAUGGCUUUUUCGGGAAGAUAAAACAGAAAGAGUAGGAAACUUUUUGGCAGACUUUUACCUGGUGAAUGGACUUGUUUUAGAGUCAAGGAAGAGAAGAGAACAUCUCAGUGAAGAGGAUAUUCUCCGGAAUAAGGCCAUGAUGGAGAGUUUGAGCAAAGGCGGAAACCUAAUGGAGCAGAACUUUGAGCCGGUUCGCAGACAGUCGCUGACGCCCCCUCCUCAGAACACUAUUACGUGGGAAGAAUACAUAUCUGCGGAGAACGGAAAAGCUCCUCAUCUGGGUAGAGAACUGGUGUGCAAAGAGAGUAAGAAAACAUUCAAAGCCACCAUCGCCAUGAGCCAGGAAUUUCCCCUAGGAAUCGAGUCAUUAUUGAAUGUUUUAGAAGUAAUAGCUCCUUUCAAGCACUUUAACAAGCUUAGAGAAUUUGUUCAGAUGAAGCUUCCUCCAGGCUUUCCUGUAAAAUUAGAUAUACCUGUGUUUCCCACGAUCACAGCCACUGUGACUUUUCAGGAGUUUCGGUAUGAUGAGUUUGAUGGCUCCAUCUUUACCAUACCUGAAGACUACAAGGAAGACCCAAGCCGCUUUCCUGACCUUUAACUGAGAAGGAGAAUGCUGUCAUGUAAUCAAGAAAAGAACACAGAGACCCCAGAAGUGAAUCCAAACCGAAGGGACAAACACUGUCAGUGGAGACAAGGGAAUCAGGCAUUGAAUCGACACAUCAAUAACAGGGUGAAAGAACCGGGGCUCUGAGAAGCAUUGCUUCGAGUUUCCUGACGUGCCAUUUUCAGUCUUUUUAGAAUCUAAGUGUAACAGUUGACACCUUACUGACCCCAAGACCUUCGUAUGUAAAGCAGCUGUCAGUGCUGUGAUUUGUUUUUAAAAGUUUUCACACUUGUUGAAAUAUAUAUGCAUAUAAAUAUAUCUGUAUCUAUAUCUAAUCUAACACUCCUGGACCAUUAACGUAAAGUAAAUGUCUUAAGAGAUAUAAAGCCCUUUUAAACUGGUCACCUUAUAUUCAAGGUGACAUUUAUAAAUACUCCUUUGAGCUUUGUUUUCAUAAAAUGUAAACUAUGUAACAUUAUGUAUAGUUCAGUAAUUUGAAUGUGUGUUCCGUAUAAUGAACUAGAAGGAAUGCAGUUUUCUGUAGACGAAUGAACCAAAUGGUAACCAUUAGGCAGUUACAUUUGUGUGUGGCAAUACAUUUCAGAGGGAGCGCUCACUGCAGGGAAUAAGGUACCUCCUUUAGCACCUUAGUGCAAUUCAUUGUGGUGCUAUUUGUUUUUACCUGAAUUCUUUCUUCAAUGGGAAUGUUUGGUACUAAUCUUCCUUUCAUAGAACCUCUAUUUUUUUUUUUUUCUAAACUUGCGUUUUAAGAGUCCUUGUUACGUUCAUAGGGUAUGGCAUGCUUAGAUUGUCCUCUUCUAAAUCUCAGCACUUUAAACAAAUUCCAAAUAUUUGAACUCGCUUCCUAAUAAUUAGUACACACAUCUAAUUAUUUUUAAGUGGAAUGUGGAUACAUUCAUUCUUGUAAGUUUAAAAGAAGAAAGCAAAACCAACCCAUGUAUUUUGGACAACCCUAUCUAUUUAACACGUUCACUACGGGGCUGUAAUUCGUCUUGCUGCCGGGUGCCACCGGUAGUACAUGCAUGACUGCCCUCGGGUGGCUUUUUAUCAGUUUUAUUAGUAGAAAGACCAAUAAAGGUGAUGAGAUCUAUUUGUACCAGCAGUGGUACAAGCUGCCCCGGGGACACAUGCAUCACCACUAGUGGCUCAGGCCAGUGGGAACGUGUUAAUGCUCUCUGAAUAAGACACACAUUUUCUAGGCUAGCUGUAUUUGUUACAAGCUAAAGCCCACACACAUAUACAGGGUUGGUGAUUUCUAUUAGUUUUUUUAGCCACAGGAAAAUACUUACUGAUUUUAAGUGUUUCCAAAGUGUUAAAAUCAUGCAUUACUCAUUUUUGCACUUAAAAUUUUUGGUAUUUAUUUCAAGCUGGUUUGAAGGUCCAAGAAUGGAAAUAAAUUAGGGAGAAUAAUGUAUAACAGUCAUAAAGUGUUGUGUUGUAUUAAUGAGCUUAUCUAAAUGUUUUUUAAAUUUGUCCUGAUGAAUUUGUCAAGUUUGCAACUGUUUUUAGAGUGAUCAGUAUUUCAAAUACCUUCCAAAAGUUUAAGAGAAUUUGAAAUGAGUUUAGAGACCUUUAUUAAAGAGAUGAUUUAUUUAAGAGUCCAAAGCAUCAACCCUAAAAUUUUUAUAAUAAACACCUUUUUCUCUCGUUAUUGGUAUAUGUUUGCUGUACGUAGUCAAAUUCAUCUUGGGGAAUUGGUAAAUUCUCAGACUGGAGUCUUAAUCAUUGGUACUCCUGUCCCUCCCUUCCCCAUCUGCCUUUCUCCCCCCAACCCCCAGACCGCCAUCCUGUCUCCGGGGGUCUGUCUUGCUUCAAAUCACCUCUUUCAUUUUGCUCCUUAAAUUAUUUAUAUGCCGGGUUUCUCGUACAAGCAAAACCGUAAUAAACACCUUUAAAGCUGCA